AUGGCAAAUGGUCAAGACGUCUUUGUACCAGUGUCGACUGGUCCGAUUCCCAACACGAUUGGCUCGAGGAACGAUCAUCCCGUACCUAAGAAUGGAAUCGUCAACACGGACACUCCUGUUGAGACGAACAAGUUCUAUUGUGGGCUCUUCUUGGGAACGCAAACCAACAGUACUUUUACGCACCCCUACAGCGUUGCUUGGGUGAGGGGAGGUGGAACGUCACAGAGCUAUGGCAUGGCGAUCUCUCAUGUCGAGAGUAACGUAGUCGCGCAGGGCCCGGUCAAUACAGCAAUUCCUGGUAGCCCCAUAUCAUAUUAUGUCAAUCCGAUCGGCAUCCAUUCCGUUAUUCUUUCAGCAAGUGAACUGGGGGCAUCUACCGUACUCACCACUGAAAAUCCGCUUCCCUUCUCGGCCAACGCGGUUCUACGACCUUCCGCCAGCUCAUCUCAGAGCAUCACCAUUCCUGUAGUGCAGGGUAUGGGAUUCGUGACUGGCAUUUACAGCAACUUGCAACCCAAGAUCCAGAGCGGCGUCUUCUUCAACAAAAUGGUAACUGCUGGGUCCCCACGUGCUGGUAUAUUCAAAUACAGCCUAUCCCUUGAAGAUGGAACAUCAUGGCUUCUCUACGCAACCCCUGACGAUGGGACUGAUCCGCAGCUACAAUUGGUGUCAAACAGCGAGAUCAUUGGGCCCGCCGGCUGGUCGGGCACGAUCCAGGUGGCCAAGAACCCGGCUGGCGCAUCUGGUGAGAAGUUCUACGAUAACUCUUCAGGUGUUUAUGCUGUCGAGGGCGCGGUCAUGGGCUCAGUAUCUGAGAGCACUGGAACGUACAACCUGAUGUGGGCUAAGGCAGGAAAGGAUGCGCAAAGCACCCCGCUGCUGAUGUUUGCUCUCCCACAUCACAUGGAAUCGUUUGACGCCAGUACACAAAGCCGAGCGACGAAUAUCACACUUAGAACCACCACCAAAGGCCAGGCGACCGCAGUCAUUGGGGAAUACUGGACAAUGGUUGAGCCCGAGCUCCCCAUUUCCAUGGGUUUUGCCCCAUGGUCGGUUUCGGGAGGCAGCAUUGACAGCAUAGCGCCCGCUGCCCAGCAGGUCAUCCUGGCUGCAGCUCCCACAGAACUUCAACAAGAUAUGGAUGCUCAGACCGAUCUCAAUAGCAUGUAUUUCAGCGGCAAGGCUCUGAGCAAGUUUGCCACCCUAUUGUACACAGUUGACAAACUGGGGGGUAACAGCACUCUUGCGGCCGAGGGCCUUGCGCGGUUGAAGCAGUCCUUUGCCCGUUUCAUUGACAACAGGCAACAGUUUCCCCUUGUCUACGACAAUGUCUGGAAAGGAGUGGUAUCCUCUGCCAGCUAUGCCACUGGUGACUUGGGGGCUGAUUUUGGGAAUACGCUGUACAACGACCAUCAUUUCCACUACGGGUACUUCAUCCAUGCUGCUGCAAUCAUAGGAUCCAUGGAUCCGCAGUGGCUGGAAACCAGCAAAGAUUGGGUCAAUAUGCUUGUCCGUGACGCUGGAAACUCAGCCGGAAACGAUCCGCUCUUUCCGUUCUCGCGCGGGUUCGACUGGUUCCACGGCCAUUCUUGGGCAAAGGGUCUUUUCGAGUCCUUUGACGGCAAAGACGAGGAGUCCACGUCGGAAGAUGCGAUGUUUGCGUACGCUCUGAAGAUGUGGGGAAAGACUAUUGGGGAUGUUAGUAUGGAGGCGCGAGGCAACUUGAUGCUGGGCAUUUUGCGCCGAAGCAUGCGGAAUUACUUUUUGAUGGAAAGCGACAACAAGAACCAGCCGGCGAACUUCAUUGCCAACAAAGUUACGGGCAUAUUGUUCGAAAACAAGGUGGACCAUACUACUUACUUUGGCAACAACCUGGAGUAUAUUCAGGGGAUCCAUAUGCUACCCAUCCUCCCCUGUUCUGCGUUUACUCGCAGCAAGAAGUUUGUGAAGGAGGAAUGGGAUGCCAUGUUUGCAAGCAACGGCCCAGACCCAGCCGAGAACGUGGUAGGCGGGUGGAAGGGCGUUCUGUACGCCAAUCUCGCACUGGUGGACCCAGCCGCUUCGUGGAACUUUUUCACACAGCCCAACUUCGACUACAGCUGGAUUGACGGAGGAGCAAGCCGGACGUGGUACCUUGCCUAUGCAGCAGGUGAGUUUAUCGAUUGA